AGCGGGGCGGCGCCGCACGGCGGGUGACCGGGCAACAUGGCGGCGCGGCAGCUGGCGGCGGGGCGGGUGGCGUUGUGCUGUUGGCGGCGGGCGUACAGCAGCGCCGAGUUCCUGCACCGCAGCAUCGUGCCCACCAUGCACUACCAGAAGAGCCUGCCCAGACUGCCUGUUCCCAAACUAGAAGAUACAAUUAGGAGAUAUCUGAACGCCCAGAAACCUCUUUUAAAUGAUGACCAGUUCAGGAAAACUGAAGAACUUGCUCAUCAGUUUGAAAAGGGAAUUGGAAGAGAGCUACAUGAGCAACUAGUUGCUCAAGACAACCAGAACAAGCAUACUAGUUACAUCACAGGUCCCUGGUUUGAUAUGUACUUAAAAGCACGUGAACCUGUCGUUCUGAAUUUUAAUGCAUUUAUGUCUUUUAAUCCUGAUCCAAAAUCUGAAUAUAAUGAUCAACUCAUACGAGCUACAAACAUGACUGUUUCUGCUAUACGUUUUAUGAAGACCUUCAGGGCUGGUUAUCUUGAACCAGAAGUUUUUCACCUCAAUCCCGAAAAAAGUGACACUCAGCUCUUUAAGAAAAUUAUCCGAUUCGUGCCUUCUUCACUUUCUUGGUUUGGUGCUUAUAUGGUCAAUGCAUAUCCUCUAGAUAUGUCUCAGUAUUUCAGGCUUUUCAAUUCAACACGGCUGCCUAAACUCAACAGAGAUGAGCUUUAUACAGAUGAAAAGGCAAAACAUUUGCUGGUACUGAGAAAGGGGAAUUUUUAUGUAUUUGAUGUUGUUGAUAAAGAUGGAAAUAUGCUGAAACCUUCAGAAAUACAAGCACACUUGAAAUACAUCCUUAGUGAUAACAGUCCAGCCUCGGCCUUCCCUCUUGGCUACCUCACCAGUGAAAACAGAGAUACGUGGGCAUUGCUGAGAAAGGAUCUACUGGAUAAUGGCAAUGAGGAAGCUCUUCGAAAAAUAGACUCUGCUCUGUUUUGUCUCAGUUUAGAUGAUUUUCCCAUUAAAGACUUUGUGCACUUGUCCCAUACUAUGUUGCAUGGAGAUGCUGCUAACCGCUGGUAUGACAAAUCCUUCAAUCUUAUCAUAGCUAAAGAUGGCACCGCAGGAAUUAAUUUUGAACAUUCCUGGGGCGAUGGUGUGGCUGUGCUCAGAUUCCAGAAUGAAGUCUUUAAAGAUAGUACCGAAGUACCAGCUGUGAGCCCUCAGUCCCAGCCUGCUUCUGUAGACUCUUCCACAGCAGUACAGAAACUUGACUUCAAGCUGAAUGAUGCCUUAAAAGCAGGAAUUACCAAAGCAAAGCAGAAUUUCGAUGCCAGUGUAGAAGGACUGUCUCUUAAUAUGAUUCAGUUCCACGAAGGGGGCAAGGAACUGCUAAAGCAGAAGAAGGUAAGCCCAGAUGCGGUGGCUCAGCUUGCCUUCCAGAUGGCUUUUCUUCGGCAGUACAAUCAGACUGUUGCUACGUAUGAAUCUUGUAGUACUGCAGCUUUCAAACAUGGACGCACAGAAACUGUACGUCCUGCCUCUAUCCAUACAAAGAAAUGUUCGGAGGCUUUUGUCAGGGAACCGUCCAAGCAUAGCACAGAAGAGCUUCAGGAGUUGAUUGUGGAAUGCUCAAAGUACCAUGGCCGUUUGACAAAAGAAGCUGCUAUGGGUCAGGGAUUUGACCGACAUCUGUUUGGGUUGCGCUAUUUGGCCUUAUCCAAAGGUAUUGCUCUGCCUGAUUUCUAUCAAGACCAAGCCUACGCUCGGCUUAAUUACAACAUCAUUUCUACAAGCACAUUGGUUAGUCCAGCCGUGCAAUUAGGAGGAUUUGGCCCAGUGGUGCCUGAUGGCUUUGGACUAGGAUAUCAAGUUCAUGAUGAUUGGAUAGGUUGCAAUGUUUCCUCUUACCCAACUAGGAAUGGUAAAGAAUUCCUUCAGUGUAUAUACAAGUCACUAGAAGAUAUUUUUAAUGUUUUAAAAGGCAAGAAGGUUGGUAGUUAGUUAAUAAAAGAGCUGGAACACUUUACAGUUAUGGUAGAAAAUGCAGACUUUUUCUAAUUGGCAGUACAUACCAACCAGCAUUCAACAUGACAAACUACUAAGCUCAGUUGGCUUCAUUUAUCUUCAUUGAACUUGAACACUGUGUAGAUUCAGUUUGAUUUUUAAAUGUAAAAAAAAUCAAGCACAGACCUUGAGGCAUUUCAGGAAAUAAAAACAUUCACAGUGUUGAAAUGAAGUAGUGGAUCCAUCUAUCCAAACAGAUCAACAUGUUUUUAAAACACAUCUAGAAUAAACAAGCACUGUUAACAAAUUUAUGAACUCAAACAUUGAGUUUGUUGUGAGUUUCAGAUAGACAACAGCACCUUUAAACUGUUUGAUUUUAAAAUAAUACAAGCAAUUGCAUUAAAUCUGACAGUGUGAUUUGCACUUUCAGCAAGCUUGCUUACAGUGGUCUUACUUUUUUCUUUAAACUUUAAAUAAAUUUCAGAACUGGUUGUACCUCAACAGUUUGAAGCCUUUCCAAUAUAACAACUUUUUGAGAAAUGAAAAAUGAAGUGAGAGGCUUUAACUAAACUGCAAUCACCCACUGCAUUGUUAAAUUGACUAGAAAAAACUGUGAUGUAAUAAAGCUAUCUACUAGUAACUAUAAAGUUCCUUUAUUACCAUGUCAAGAUUAUACAGUAUGAGUAGUAGCUUGUAUUUCUUGUAAGGGUUAAAAAGAAUACUUCUUGCAGUGUUGUCUCUCACCAUCCAUACAUGAAGUCUGUCCAAUAAUCUGCUGCUUUUUCGCUGUGUACAUUUAUGCCUUCAAAAAGAAAUACCACUGAACUUGACCAAGUCUUCGCAGAAAUCUCUAAAGGAUAGCAAGAGAACUUAAGCAUAGACAUCACUGUAACUUAAUCACACUGUGAAUGCAAGAUCAAACCAGUACAGACAAGUUCUUCCUGCUGUUCCUGACUCAGACUCUGGCAGCUAAAGUGGGUGGGAGCAAAAGGGACCUUUUUAGCCAAGGAGCUCAAAGUUGUUUGGAGUCAAAUGCAGAUGCCUUUUGCUGAAAUUCCACCUUUUGCAGAAAAUUCAUUGUGGCACAGAUAACUUGAACUCCUCAGUCUUUAAACCUUCAUAACUACCAUAUUGUUUUUAUGCUGGUCUGAUGAACCAUCCUUGCAGUGUGCUUCUUUCAGCGUAGUCUGCUGUGUUGUGGACAGCCAGAUAUACUGGUAGAACUUGAAGUCUGAGCAUGUUGGUAGGAUGUGAUGUGAAUUUCAGAGCUCAGAAACCUAUUCACCUUUACCCUUCUUUUGUGUAUCUCAGCUUUCAAAUUUGCUUGGUAUCUUUAUUUAGUGCAGGAAGUGUAAGCAACACCACAGCAUGUACUGCAAGCAUGGGGAAAGGGAGACACACUUAAAAUACAUAACCCCAAAGGUUUAUGAACUUUUCCUUGUCAGGGCUUUUUCCUCUGCAGCCUGUGAUGUACUGUUGUAGCUUUCAGUUGAAAAGUAUUUGAAGCUUGGUUUGACACUUACCAGGAUUAUCCUUUCAGUUUGAACAAAGAAGGGACAGUUUUGGCAGAUGAAGAAACUAAUAUUCUCAGAGCAAAAGUCUUUGAAUGAAGUUAACAAGAGAAAGUAUUUAUUUUUUAAACAUGACAACAAAUGUGCAAGGCUGUGAGAGUGCUUGCCAAGAAGUAGAAAGUGUCUGCAACUAGAAAUUACUUUACCUGAUAACGUAUUCAGAAGGGUAACUUUAUUUUCAGAAAGAGUAACAGGCAUAAGUGCCAAUAGCAGUUAAGCUUAUUAAGUAUUUUCAGAAAAGUCACUUCUGUGUCUUUUAUAGCUUUCUGACAGUUCAGUAUGUACAUCUUUGCUUCAGCAGUUAGCACGCUCUCUUUACCAAUGCUCUUAGCCAUCUCCUAGGUGUAGUGGGUGAAAAGACCUUAUUUGCUAGAGAAUGGAAUGUGGGUAUUUCUUGGAGAUUAAUUAAACCUAAUUAAAACUUCAAGGCAAUGAGUCAUCUAAAUACUUGUUAAGCAGCAGUCUAUCUCAACCAUA